UGGACCAGGAGCAUGUAGACAGUGAGCGGGAGCGCGUCGCCAGCAUCUGCAGAACCACUGAGAGAUGGAUCUAUCUGGACUUUUCUGUGCAUGACCGGCCAAUGGAGGAAGAAAAGGUAGCUGGUCAUAUCCAACCAAAAUCCGGUUCCCCUGUCCCCACUGGGAUUCCCAUCAACUGGGGACUCAUCACUGGCCCUGUCCCUGAGCCGGUGUUCACAGCUCCUUCUUUGAGCACCCGACUUCCUCCUCCUCCGUGUUCCGCUGUUCACGCCCUGCAAAACAAGGUCAAGUCCCUCACGCCGAGAAGGGCAAGAGGGAAGGAGCGGGAGAAGGAACGAGAGAGGUUGGAUGCAGAUGUCUUAAGGAGCAGUUCAGCUGGGCAGAUUUCAACCGAGGUUCUCCUCCGACAGAGGCCCAGAGGAAAGGGUCAGGUAUUUUUGACGUCACCCUCCUGGCGGUCGGGAGUAGCGAAAAACCUGAGCAGCAGUGAUGAAGAGGAGGAGGUGAAAGUUCAGGUCAGUUUCGAGAUCCACAGCCCUCCAGCCGGCGCACAAGGAGAGCGGCUCUUCCAGGAGGUGGAGGAAACCGAAGACGAGAGGUCGGAGAGAAACGAGGACCAGCUCGGCCUUCUGACAGGCCGGCCCUGUGGGCUCGGGGAGGGCACCAGCCUCGAGAGUCUUCUGUCUGAUAACUCAAGCAGCAGCAAGGACGACCCGUCCCCUCCUCCGCCCACUCUUCCUCCUCCUCCUCUGCCUGCGCUCUCGUCAUCUCCCGCCACCACCUCUGCAGCUACCACCUCUUCCGCCUCUUCUUCAACGCCAACCAGACACUGGGCCCCACCUAAGGGCUUCUGGAGAGUAGUACGCCCGGAAACAUUGCUUCUGAAUGGCGUGAGCCCCAUCAAGACACCCUCCACUCUACCUCCGAAGGAUCGUACGGAGGCUGAAGCGCCGUCAGAGCCUCAAGGGUGUUCUAAAGGCAGCAGGAGCGAUGCCGCAAGGGCGGUGGAGGAAAGCGACGCAUCCGCAGAGCCCAAAGACUCGGACAGCGUGGAGCGCUACCUGGACCGGUGCGAGCAGAAGGAGUUAAACGCCGGGGACGCAGGGAAAGGACUGUGCAGUUCGGACAGCUCGGAGAGCAUGCCGUCGCCUAGCGGGCUUCUCUCUGCUGAUGACCAGCUGAAGGUGAAGCGGAGAGCUUAUGUAAAGUUGAGGGAAAGAUCCCCAAACUGCACAGAGGAGAGCGAGCAGAGCGGAGGGGAAUGUGCCGAAUACGGUGAGGACACGACACACAGAGGCGAUUGCAAAGGUGGCCAUGGGGUUUUGGACAGCUCAGAAUCAGCCAUCCUCCCUCAGGAACUCGAACCCUAUUUGAGGUCUCUUCUUGUAAUCAGUGAUGAGCACCCCCUGAGCUCCAGACAUGAGCAAGCCAAGCUUCUCCUGGAGAGAGCAAGGCUCAAGGCCCGCUCCAAUCACAUCAACGGCAAUCGCCCCGGCAGACGCUCACAUUCUGACCAGAGAUCCAGCGUAAAGAAGCCCCAAAUUGAUUCCCCAAUUCCAACGCGUGUGCAGAAAGCUGUUCCAUCCAAAGAAGAUCUUGUAGCUCAAACUGUAUCUGGUCCCCUUCUUAUGCCAAACCAAGACCCUUCCCAGGGUGACCAAGGGGUUCGAUCUAGAAGGUACGGUUGUUCACCCACACGGGUGCGCUUUGAGGACGAAUCGGAGAAAGAAGCGGAGUCUCGAUACUUGGAUCGAUUGAGACAACGUAGCAGGUCUGGGAUGCCCAAGUCCAAAAGUAAAGAAAGUCAUACGGAUUCUAGCAGCAGCGGUUCAGACAGGAGCAGAGGCAAUCAAAGCGUCCCCGUGCCCCCUUCGCAGAAGACAGAUGGCGUGGGUGUCAGUGGCCAGCCCACCACAGUGAUUAAAGAGAUAAUAGUGCUGGUGAAGAAAUGUGAGGCGUGUGGCUCUGUAGUCAAGGAACCUCAGCCAGUCUCAUCCCCGUCAGAGCCAAAGAACACUGAGCCACAGCAGGCUGAGGACCCUCGGGAAAAAGCGGCUAAUCCCUCUGUGCCUCACAGCAAGCCGGAGGCAAGUACUCGUCCCAAAGCCCCUCUGACUGUCACGUUUGCAGGGGCGUACGUGCUGGGAGAGAGCAAAGAGAGCCACACGGGAUGGAAACGAUCCGGGUUUGGGAAACUCAGGAGGAGGAGCAGGAAAGGAGAAAGUCGGAUGGAGUCUGACCACGGCCCUUACGGCCCGUCUUGGGCUCAACGCCGCAACUCAAAUCCGAGGAACCGGGUCAACCUGAGCAGGGCGGUUUCCUUCGCCCCGGAUAGCCCCGUGGCCCUGGAACCCCAUUUGCUGGAGGCACCCCACGGUUUGAGAGAAUCCCCUCCCCCAUCGCUGCCUAUAAAGUCCGCCCUGAAGUCAAGUUCAAGGAAUCGCUCUGCUGCAGGCCAGUCCACGGUUCAGUUCCAGACCACCUCCAAUCAGGGAGGCGAGGGAGGCUCCCAGCAUUCUGGCCUCCUGGACUCUCCGGAGGCAAGAAGGGAGGGUGCAGUGGCUUCGACCCAAGGGGGCCUCGCAACAAGCAGCCCAGUGCCCUGUAUCCGGCCCUCCACCCUGAGGUACUCCCCAGCCCGGCUCACCGCUGACCUACAAGCUGCUGAACUCUGGGAUGCCACACCAGAUGGAGCAGCACGAAGACAAAAAUGUCUUUAUUGGAUUCACACAAUCUCAUUUAAAAUGUUGCAUAAUAGAACAAAAAAACCCGAACGGACCAGAAAAGAGCACAAUAGGAAAAUAUCUAUUUUUCAUAUCCACCCCGAAUGUGCAUUUGUAUCAGGUCACGGUGAACCUGGUUCUGGUCCUGAUUGUCGUCCUGCUCCACGCGGCAUCGCUAUGUCCCGGGCUGAGGACCUCAGAGCCGAGCUGUUGAGAGCAGAACAUUUGAGAGCUGAGGCCAUAUGGGAGGAAAACUCUGACGGGUCCAGGAAGCUGGAUGGGCGGCCAAAGCUCUUCCUGCGUCGCUUCUUUUCCUCCAUCGGUCUGAACAGUGUUGGUAGACUCGUGAAAGGAGGCCGCUCCAGCAGCAUGGAGCAGCUCAGUUUACCCACUGCCCCGCGGGUCAGCUCUGCCUCCCCAAGCCCCACGCGCAGACCACAUCCCAUCAUCCGCAUGCAGAGGACACCCUCGCUGCAGACCCUCAACACGGUGCUGCCACUGGCCCAACUGCGCAAAGCCUCGUCAGUGCAGAGUCUGGAGAGAAGAACAGAGCGUUCAACGAUACUGGGAGAGGUGCAGAUACCGUACGGCCUGGCACCGAGUCCCGAUAGCCCUCAGCUGGAUCUGCACAGGGCCCUCAGUGUCGAGGAUGUACGUACCUCCAGAAUUGCGCGUCCAGUGGGUCGGGUCACCCAGGCUUUCCCUGAUGGGACCCUCCUCCUGGAGCUCGUCAGACCCCCAAAUGGUCCCUUUGGUUUUGUCAUCUCAAGGGGCAAAGGUCGACCAGACACAGGUGUGUACGUGGAGAAAGUGGGUGACGGCGGUGGGGAAGGCCCCUACAUCGGUCUACUCAGCAUCGGUGAUGAAAUCCUGCAGGUGAACGGAGAGGCAGUGGCGGGACUCAGUCUGGACCACGUGACGCGGCUCAUGACCCGGGAAAGCACCGCUUCUCUCCGGAUCGUUCCGGCCCGACGCAGCCAGCGCUGAGUGGCGCGAUUGGCCUGGCACAGAACCCCUUGUCCAGCAGCUGUGGAUUAUGACCCCAGAUUGCAAACCGCACCGGCGUACGGUGGAUAACCAGCGUGUGUUUCAGGGCAGUUUUACAUGUGAGAAGGGCUCCGUGAGAUUACAGGGUUAGAGGUUGAUUUCCUGUUUUUAAACAAUAUGACACAGCAAGGGAUUUGGAUCAAAAGGAAAAGAACAAUCACCUAAUGUAGUACUAAUUAGUAACUAGAUUUCAGAGUAUAUAUUUUGUGAGACAAUGGUCAAGACUUUAGAUACUGAUUCAAAUGCAGCCCAAUUUGUUUCUGACCAUGUUUCUUUUAAUCAUAUUUAGUUGAAUUGGGAUCCAAAAGUAUCUGAAUUUGAAUCAAAUAUUAAAACCAUUUUCAAAAGAUAAAGAGAAAUGGGAUUACAGCAUUUACUUGAGUUUUUGAGACCAUUACAAAUACAGCAUCAACCUCACCUUGGUCCUGUUUAAAUUCUUAGUUCCCAUGUUUUGCUGCAUUUUAAAUGUUGCCAUUAAUCUAAUUGAUUAAUUCAGAUGAUUGACUUAUCCAAAGAUGUGCCAGAAAUGUAAUGCUGGCCCAUCAAACCCAAGCUAAAGAGCUAUUUAUUGACUGAACCGGAUCGCAAAUUACAUUUAGACAUAAAAGCAAUUAAUCCUCCCUCUUUGUUUUUCAAUGGAUCAUAUUCUAUGUCCCUGGGGGCUGUGCAGGAUGCCUACCUCCAUUUUCUGUGUGCUCCGUUGCUUCAGGAAACUGAUACUUGUUUACUUUGAAAUAAAAAUGUUUUAUUACCUCAUGCAUUUUUCCCAACACCACAAAAAAAACUCAAUGUAUCACAUUAUAUUUAGUCAUUUUGAUGCAAGAGCAUAUUUGAAACAUUUGCAUUUAGAGAAUCCACAUGCAGAGAACUCAUGAAGAAGGGAGCUAUCUUCUUAAUUAAACUUCUAUUCUUAAAUUAUUGUUAAUUAACCCAAUUAGGCCUGUUGAUUUUCCCCCAAAUUUCUAAACUAAUUCAUAUAAAAGCAAAGUAGUGCCAGUGCUCACCAUCCGUACAAAUCUUGGCGCAGGCUGAGUGAGGCUGAGCAGGAUGCAGGAUGACGGUCGUGACUGCUGCGUCAACAGGUCCGCUUAAAGGUCGUGACUGAUUGAGGGCUGCUAUUUUUUUUAAUUUUUUUUUUAACAUUGGGCUUAUCCCGAUGCGGCUCUGUCUAAUGACGCACAUUAUUUGGCCUCGUUAAGAGUUUAGCGGGACUAAAUGUGCGCGAUUAUUUAAAUGCAUUUGACAGAAGGAGAGAGAACGAGAAAGGGUGCGGAAUAUCCGUUAUUAGGAUGUACCUGCCACCCGUUCGCUUGUCCUGAACGUGGUCUGAUAUCGCGCUGCUCUUUUAUCUGAUGCGAGCAGGAGCUGAUACACUUUUAUCUCUCCCAGCCACGAGUCCCCCACGGGCCCCGGGGAACCGCCGUCCAAGGCC